GCCCACAACUACAAAUUGUUUGGAUAUUAAUAGGAAUACCUGCUAAAGUUGGAUAUUUUAGCUCAAAUACACGAAAAAUCAAAAUUUUGAGUUCUGGUCUUAGUAAGUUUGCAUCAGAAUUAAACGCAAACAAUUAUUUUGUUGAAUUAAAAGUUCCAAAAAAUUUGCCACGAAAUUCUGUUAUUAUUACAUCAUUUAUAUGUCCAUCUUCAAAUUAUGAACCAAAUUUCAUAGCAAAAUUGUAUAAUCAACAAGAUAAUAAAAUCUUAGUUAAGAUACGUUAUCUUGAUAGUGAUAAAGGCGAUGAUGAAAACGAAUAUAAUUCUAAUGAUUUAUUGUCACUUG